CCUUCUCCUCCCACUUCCCUCAGGUUUUGGUCUGCUUUGGGUUGACUGGUCAUUAUGCUGAUGCAGCUCUGUAGUAUCAAGAACUUGUACCAGAAUCGGUUCCUGGGCCUGGCGGCCAUGGCGUCCCCAACCCGCAGCGGCCAGAACCGCCAGCGCUGUAAGGAUGCGGUUCGUCACAGCUACGGCCCAGACAGCUUUGCCGUCAACGGUCUGAACCAGGAGGCCUUCAUGCUGGGGCUGUCCCGGUCCACCAGCGACACCGAUCUGGUCUCCCCCGACGCUCGCUCCACCCUCACCAUCAGCUCCUCCCACUACACCAUUGGCCAGUCCGAGGACCUGGUGAUCACAUGGGACAUCAAGGAGGAGGUGGAUGCUGGAGACUGGAUUGGCAUGUAUCAAGUUGAUGAGGCUUUGUCGGAGAACUUUCUGGACUAUAAGAACCGAGGGAUCAACGGAUCUCACAAGGGACAGAUCAUUUGGAAAAUCGACUCCUGCUCCAACUUCAGUGAAACUGAGACCCAGGUCUGCUUCAGGUACUACCAUGGCGUCACGGGAGCACUGAGAGCAACCACACCCAGCGUGACCAUCAAGAAGGGCCCUCCUCCUGUAUUAAAGCCAGUGGUUAGUCCUGAAGUCAACCAUGGACUGGGCAACAGGAGACUCAUUAACUUUUCCCUGUCAGACCUCCAGGCAGUCGGCUUGAAGAAAGGGAUGUUCUUUAAUCCAGACCCCUACCUGAAGCUCUCCAUUCAGCCCGGGAAGCACAGCAUCUUCCCCUCGCUGCCACAUCAUGGCCAGGAGAAACGCUCAGGGGUCGUCUGCAACACUGUCAAUCCUCAGUGGAGCGCAGAGAGGUUCAACUUUGUAUCUCUGCCAACUGACGUCCUGGAAAUUGAGGUGAAAGACAAGUUUGCCAAGAGUCGGCCAAUCAUCAAGCGAUUCCUGGGGAAGCUCUCCGUCCCGGUCCAGAGACUGCUGGAAAAACACGCCAUUGGGGAUCGAGUAGUGAGUUAUUCUCUGGGUCGCAGGUUGCCGACGGAUCAUGUCUGCGGCCAGUUGCAGUUCCGCUUUGAGCUGACCUCCUCUAUUCACCCAGAUGAUGAGGAGGUCUCUCUGGUCAUUGAAGCCGCCUGUCCUGAGGGGGACAUUGCAGCACAUGAGAACCACGUUGCUGACGCUCCUGAUGAUGACACGCUCAGUGUGGGACCUGACAUGCCUGACCUCCCCCUGGAUGCCCCUUCUGAUCCUGAAACCUCAGCGCCACCUGCCCCAAUAGAGGACGCCUCCACACCUGAGGAGGUUGUAUCUGCUGAUAGAGAGGAGGAUGAGGAGACCCCAGAAGUGGAGCAGGGAGCUGUGGAGGAGGAGAGCACAGUUAGGGAGGAGUCCCCAUCUGCAGAAACCCAGUUGGAGCAGGAAGAGGGGCUCUUGGCUGAACAGCAGGAGGAGAACAGGGGAGCAGCGGGUGAGGAUGGAGGACGGGAGGCGGAGCAGCAGGAGCAAGACGAGGAGGCGCAGAACGCUGCGGUGGCAACACCUGCUGAGGAAGAUGUGACUGCAGGAGGAGAAGAGGUCGGGGAGGAAACACAGCCAAAGCCAGACUCAGACAAUCCUGAAGCAGUAGCAACAAACAGUGAGGCUGCUUCUGACGAGGCCCAAACAGAGGCGGCUCAGGGGGCCCCUGAAGAAGCAGAAGAAGGGACUCCACAAGAGGUGACAGAGGCAGGAGACAGAAACUCUGCCCCCUGCGCCUGCCAAUCCAUUUUCUCCAACUACAACGCCAACGCUCCCUCUCGACGCAAAAACCGCCCCUGCUCCCUUCCCGUGUCUGAACUGGAGACAGUGAUCGCAUCGGCCUGCGGGGAGCCAGAGACCCCGCGGUCACACUACAUCCGGAUCCACCACCUCCUCCACAGUCUCCCCUCUGCCCAGCUUAGAGCUCCCAGCCAGGAGGAGGAGGACACUGGGGAGGGGGAGGACACGAGUACAAUGAACGAUACCACAUCCCCGACCCUUAAAAGCUCCAAGGAGGAGGAAGGGCAGGAGGAGGACGAUGAGGAUGAUACAACCCUGUCUCCCUCUCAGGUCCCAGAGUGUCCGGGCCCCUGCUGCCGUCGCUCCCUGCCCCGCAGCCUCUCCAUCGAACGCCUCUCUGAGCUGAACCAGCUCCUGGAAGGUGAGGGAGUGUUAGGACACACGGCGAUCAGAAGGAUCUCCCCGUCCUGUCUGGAGAGCGAGGAGGGAGAUUCCAGUAACGGCGGAGGAAGAAGAAUCGGGGGCGGCACUCACAGAGCUCUGGGCGAGAACGACUGCGAGUUCUGCGACACCUCCUGCUACAGCACCUCCUGCUACAGCACUUCCUGUUACAGCACGUCCUGCUACAGCAACUCAGGCAACGAGGGGAGAAGCCGCUAUUGCAGCCACACCCGCCUCUCCUCGGUGGACAGCAACAGACUCUCCGGCAGCACCGUGUUCUCCUCACAGGACGAGGAUGAGGACGAGGAGAGCGCCUUCGAGUCGGUGCACGAUCUCAACCAGGGGCAAGAGGGUCAAGACUCAGGAGGGGCGGGAGGAGAGAGGAGGACGGGGAGAUGGAAGGAGGCCAGGAGAGGAGAGCAGGGGGAGCCAGCUGUGGCAGGGCCGAGCGAUAGGAACAACUCAGGCUCAGACUUCUCCCCUCCUGUUGGUCAUCUACCAGUCCUGCGACCCAGCCAUGACCUAAACCAUUUUCCUGCUGCCACUGACCCAGCCUUACCUCCAAACUGGGAAGCUCGUGUGGACAGCCAUGGCAGAGUUUUCUACGUGGACCACGUCAACCGAACCACAACCUGGCAGAGACCGAGCAACAGUGGCAAGUGUAACCACGGCAUCCCCCGCUCAGGAUCUAUGCAGCAGAUGGAACAACUCAACAGGAGGUACCAGAACAUCCAGAGGACCAUGGCCACAGAGGAGGACGGUGGUGGAGGUCCGAGGUUAGAGAGGAGCAGCAGUACAGAGAAUGAGUCAGAUGCUCCUCCGACAGGCCCCGCCUCCCCUGUCAAUCACCAGAAGAUCAGCAAUCUCCUCCAAUCACCUGCUGUCAAGUUCAUCACACACCCAGAGUUCUUCACUGUGUUGCACAGUAACUAUGCAGCCUACCGGAUGUUCACCAGCAGCAGCUGCGUGAAGCACAUGAUCCUGAAGGUGCGGCGCGAUGCCAGGAACUUUGAACGCUACCAGCACAACCGGGACCUGGUGGUUUUCCUCAACAAGUUUGCAGACACUCAGCUGGAGCUGCCACGAGGCUGGGAGAUUAAGACUGACCCUCAAGGAAAGUCUUUCUUCGUGGACCACAACAGUCGAGCCACGACCUUCAUCGACCCUCGCAUUCCUCUGCAGAACGGCCGGCUUCCCGGGCACCUCGCCCACAGACAGCACCUCCAGAGACUACGCAGCUACAGCGCUGGAGAAGCCUCUGAUGUGUCCAGAAGUCGUGGGGCUUCUCUAAUGGCCAGGCCUGGUAACAGCCUGGUGGCGGCCAUACGAAACCAGCAUCACCCUGACUCACAACAGCUGAAUGCUCCAUCCUACAAUGACAAGAUAGUGGCAUUCCUUCGACAGCCCAACAUUUUUGACAUGUUGCAGGAGAGACAGCCGAGCCUAAGCAGAAACCAUGCACUGAGGGAGAAAAUCCACUACAUCCGGACAGAAGGUACUCAGGGAGUGGAGAAGCUGUCGUGUGAUGCAGAUCUCGUCAUCCUGUUAAGCUUAUAUGAAGAGGAGAUCAUGUCUUACAUUCCGCCUCACCCCAUCCACCCGGGCUUCAGCUUCUCUCCUCGCUGCUCCCCGGUCUCCUCACCACAGAACUCUCCUGGUUUGCAGAGGGCCAGGGCUCCUGCUCCUUACCGCAGAGACUUUGAAGCCAAACUAAGAAACUUCUACAGGAAACUGGAAGCCAAGGGUUACGGGCAGGGACCGGGAAAGAUCAAGCUGCUGAUCAGAAGAGAACACUUACUCGAGGGAACCUUCAACCAGGUGAUGGCGUACUCUCGCAAAGAACUGCAGAGAAACAAACUCUACGUCACUUUCCUGGGAGAGGAGGGAUUGGACUACAGCGGCCCCUCCAGAGAGUUCUUCUUCCUCUUGUCUCAGGAGUUGUUCAAUCCUUACUACGGACUGUUUGAAUACUCUGCUAACGACACCUACACUGUUCAGAUCACCCCCAUGUCAGCGUUUGUUGAGAACCAUCUAGAAUGGUUCCGUUUCAGUGGUCGUAUCCUGGGCCUGGCUCUGAUCCAUCAGUACCUGCUCGAUGCGUUCUUCACCAGACCCUUCUACAAAGCUCUGCUCAGGCUAGCCACAGACCUGUCUGACCUGGAGUACCUGGAUGAGGAGUUCCACCAGUCAUUGCAAUGGAUGAAGGACAACGACAUCACUGACAUCCUGGACCUCACCUUCACUGUCAAUGAGGAGGUCUUUGGCCAGGUCACAGAGCGGGAGCUGAAGUCCGGCGGCUCCCACCUUCAGGUGACGGAGAAGAACAAGAAGGACUACAUCGAGCGAAUGGCCAAGUGGAGGGUGGAGAGAGGGGUGGUGCAGCAGACAGAGGCUCUCGUCAGAGGCUUUUAUGAGGUGGUAGACUCCAGACUUGUGUCUGUGUUCGAUGCCCGGGAGCUGGAGCUGGUCAUCGCUGGUACAGUGGAGAUUGACCUCGGGGACUGGAGGAGCAACACAGAGUACAGAGGAGGUUACCAUGAUGGUCACAUAGUGAUGCGGUGGUUCUGGGCCGCUGUGGAGCGCUUCAACAACGAGCAGCGUCUCCGCCUGCUGCAGUUUGUCACUGGGACUUCCAGCGUGCCCUACGAAGGCUUCGCGGCACUGCGGGGAUCCAACGGCCUCCGGCGCUUCUGCAUCGAGAAGUGGGGCAAAGUCACAUCGCUUCCCAGGGCUCACACCUGUUUUAACCGUCUGGACUUGCCUCCCUACCCUUCAUACACCAUGCUGUAUGAGAAGCUGCUGAUCGCGGUGGAGGAAACCAGCACGUUCGGCCUGGAGUAAAGCAGACAAGACAAUCAAAUCAUCAUCCCUCUAAAGAAACCUGGAUUGUACUCUAGUGGAUAUAUAUGUAUGUCGCUGUUCUGGUAAUACUGUAUGUGUUAGGGGUUCUCACAUAGAUAUGAGGCACUACCGCAAAACAUGGCUAUUUUUAUAUUUAACACAAAGGCUGAGAAAAUAUGGAACAUAAAAACAGCAUUUUUAAAUAGUAUUUAUAUAUUUAUGCAUACAUAAGGCAAUGGUAAAUGAAAUGAGUUCAUUUAAUAUUGCAUGUAGCAAAAAGCAUCAUGUCCAGUACAGUGAUUAAAACUCUGAACAUGCAAAGAAAGACUGACUGUAACAACUAAAAAAAUAUAAUUGCAUAUUAGCACUAAUUAGCACUACUGAAUACAAAAACUUUAAGUAGAAUCUAAUAGAUAAUUAUGACAACCGAAAACUAAAUUAUUUCCAGAAUUUACCUUUAAAUAAAUCCUUACACCCGGGUUGAACAUUUUAAAUCACAGAAAAGCUAAAAAUUAAAAAAUAAUAAUUUAGAAAAAUCUAAAGAAUGAUUCUAUAUUUAAAAAAAUAAAGAUUAAAGCUCCUGUGAAGAAUUUUAAGCUAGUGAUGAAAUGUACUAAAACUAACAGUGAUGCCUCUUUAUGACCUACAUAAGCAAAUGAAACCAUUCACAACAACAUAAACAUUUCCUAAAUUCUGUUUUUUGAAUGAAUGUAACCUCUGUGAGGGGGGAGGUGUCAGAUGAAGACACUGCCUUUUUUUAACAUUAUUCUCAAAUAUCAAUUUAGUCAGAAAUUUAAUUCUUAAAAGAAGACAGGUUGAGAUUUUUCAUCAGAGAACACUUCUUACGCAUAUAAAGGUCAGCAAAGAAACAAGAUGUAUCACUUUGUCCACAGGGGGCGCCAAAGUCAAUACAGACAGAAAGUUCCUCACAGGAGCUUUAACUAAAAGGUACAGGAUAUACUUGAAAAAUGUUGACAAUUCACAAAAAGGAAAGAAUAUAUGACACUUGUUACAGACUGUGACAGAUCAAAAUUCAAAUAUUUACCAUAGAUCUGUAUAUCUUGUCUGUGAAUUCAAACAUGGGUGGAAAACGUGUGCAAUUAUCAGCACAUACAUUCUCAGGUGUGCUGUUCUUAUAUAUUCACAUCACUGUAUGUGGCUUUAAGGAGAUAGUUCAAAGUAAAAUGCAGAUGGAUGCAAAGUCUGGUAUGCCAAAGGAACAGUCAUGCCCUUAUAUGUGUUCUUGGGGACACCCCAGAAUAAAACGAGGAUCUAUGUGAGGAGAUCUGAAACACAAAUGGAGCUUGGUGGUAGACACCAACUUCCAACUUACAUCGAAGUUUGUUAGCUUGGGUCAGAGCUAAAUAUUGAUUAGAAAACGUGGCAAAUGUCAACAAUAGCAAAGCCAUCCAUACACUCUCUGUUAUGCUCUCAGUUAACUAUAGCAAUUAUUUUUUUAACAAUGCUAAUAAUUGAAAAAGCAAAUGUUAAAAGCUCCAACAAGCUUCUCGGCACUGAGCGAAGACGAGAGUAUGUAAAAGGCUUUCCUAAACUGGGUCGUCUGGUAGUGUCACAAAGGAAAACUUUAUCUAUAAUUGUAAAAUACAGUGAAAGCAAAUCCAGGUUAAGAGAAUUAGAUGUGUUGAAUCAGCAGUUGCAGUCUUGACUACUACAACACUUGAUCCUACUGUCACUACUAUGGUGACCUUUACCUGCUGUCUCUGUCAGCUGGGUUGGUUAGUUUAGGGCAUGAUGAGGUUGGUAAUUAUUAGAAUUCAUAGUAAGCCAUUCAGAGACAGAGCUGUGUCUUCGCACAGUAGAUAAGCCACGAUCUGGACCUGCAACUCCACUUUCCCUGGUUCGCUCCAAAAGUAGGACCGCAACUGGAAACAGACCUUUAAUGAACAGCAAUGCUACUGACACAACAAACACUGUCUAUUCAAGGUUACUUGCUUUGUGAUGAAGCAAGGACAAUGAUGUCACCUCUCCUUUUGUCAAACGUCUCUCUCUCUCUGUCAAAGUAGCCAUCAGUUCCAACCCAAGGGCUUCUGUGGAGACAGAGGGUAAUGUCGGCCGAGGAAACAGGAAGUAGGCAACAAAGAAUAAGCAUGCGGGCGUCAUGUCUGCCAAAUAUAGUUGACAGGAUUGGUGCUGAGCCGGAGCUGCUUGUGAACUUCUUCUAUCAGAGCUGUGUUACUUUAUCAUGGUGUUGUUCUUUGCAUGGAGUAAGUGCUCCAAAUAUCUGAACCUUUACCGUCAAACAACCUUUACAAACAACAUGACUGGUGCAAAGCAGCAUGUAGAAUCUCCAAGGGCCUGGGAUCACUGGAUCGCCUCCUCUGAACUCUCAGCCACUCUGGUGCAAACUCAAAAAGGUGUACAGGGGUCCUUGGAUGAACCGGUGUAUUAUAUGCAAUAGUAGUUAAGAUGUUGAACCACAAUCUCUUCCACAGUCUAACCAUGUUUUCUCAGACAAUGACUGACUGCAGUGUACCCUCAGCAUUCCCAGCCUCUCAUCUACAAUCGUAGUCCAGUAAUGAAACUGUGCCUCAGUUACUUACUGCCUCGUGUGGCCUGAUGCUGAAUGGUUUGUACAUCAGUCGACAGAAGGAAAGUCUCUCUUUUAUUUUGACUUUCUUCUUUUUGGAUGCACUUUGCAUUUUUUUAUUCUGUAUGCGCCGCUCCCCCUCUAACACCCCAAAACAGAUGUCAGGCUUAUUAUAAACUCUGAUAACUCGUUAACAUUAUAAGCCCCUAGUGCAUCUUGCAAAGACAGAUAUCUGAUAUCAAAAAAGCUUAGUAUAAAUGCAUCCUAAGAGCAUUGUAAUCCUGAAGUACUAGCCCCGUCACAUGCUAAACUUUACUUUACUCACCAAGUGUAACAAUGUUAGCUAGUCAUCUUUGGUGUUUCCAUCCAUUGUCAAAGAAUGGUACCAGUGCCAAACAAGGCACAUUUUACUUUAUAUCACCCCUGGUGGUUUCAUUAAGCUAGUUUGAUCUGGUUCUUUGGUGUAGCAUAGGUGUUUUCACAUGCUUCAGACUCUUUUUCUCAUCGCAUCUGCCAAGCUCUGUGUUAGACAGAGUCAAAACUAGACACCUGAAACAACAGACUUAAAAAACAACAGGAAAAUGAGAUGUUUUUUCUCAAUGUACCUGAUUUGUUUUCACACAUUUUACUCUCACAUGUGAGUCUUCUGAUUAUUUUCUUUGCUUCAACGACACCAAAACCACAGUUUAUUUGCCAUGACAUUAAUCUGUCCUUCAUAUUGUUUGCGGUUUCCAAUCGCCAAUAUUUCACCAAGCAAGAUUCUUCUAUUUCUUUGCAUUUCAUGUAAAAAAUGUAGUUUUGUGUAGACUGGAAUAAGAAAGAAAAACCCAAUACACCAGUGCUCGUCUAGCCAUGGGACUAGGAUGUGAUAUCAGUAUGAUAAUUGGGACCCCAGACGUGUUUUAUAGAAGUCCAGGAUUCUUUACUGAGCUGAUUUUAUCUCUGUUCGCUUUCACCGACAUAACCUGCAAGAUUCAACAACAUGAUUUUUUUUUUUCACUGAAUCAAAACUUUUUUUUAUAGUUUUCUCUGACAGACAUUAACUUGGACGAACAUCUCAAAUGUGGUGGGAUGUCUCUGUAAUACUUUGUGCUGACCACACACACGGUAACAAUGGAGGUAAUGAGGCAUUACCAAAGCUGAAAAUACAGAAUUUUCUCCUUAGCUAAUUUAAGAAUAGGUUUGGUUAGAGUUAGGAUGUCAUCUCUCCUGGUUCACUCAUUCUACUGACAGUCAGAUCAUUUGAACUGCACUCAUCCUCGGCAGUGGCGAGGCCUUAUCCACUCAUCUCUCCACCCAAGAGGACAAGGCUGUGAUUAUGUUGCAUCUUCCCUCUCUUUUUUUAUCUACAAUCUUUUGUACUGUGGUUUAUACUGUAUUGUAUUUAUAGUUAAAGGGAGGUCCGGGAGCUUCCUGUGAAUGUUUUUUUCUUUUCUUUUUUAUUGUUGUUUUAAAAAGCAUCAUUUGAAGAUUUUGCCUUCACUUUUGGAGCCUUUGCGUUUUGAUACAUGUCUUUUUUCUAAAGAUCGAUUAGCCAGUUAGUUAUCUGUAUCGCAGUGCAGGAAAUUUGCAACCACAUCGUCUGUUUUCUGUUUCCAUUCAGCUAACGGUUAUCUCUUUAUGUUCACCAGAUACAUUUUGAGGUAUUUUUCUGGCUUUCUUUUUCAUGUCACAGAUGUCUAAGUAGAAAUUUUCAGAGUUGCAUGUAUCCAGCAAGUCAUUUGUGCUUUUGGCAGUUCAAGCAACAAUCAUAUCCAGGAAAACAAAUGCUUUUGUAUGUCAUUUCCUGAAAAUGUAUAGGCAGUGUACAGAUGUCUUGUUUUUUAUUCAGUUGAUGUUAAAUACAUAAAUUGUACAUCUUGAAACUGAUAUUCAUUCUAGGAAAAGAAUGGUAAAAAAAUGUAAGUGUAUUGAUUACAGCCAUUAUAUAAAUAUUUAAGUGAGCUUUUGGAGAAGUGAAGAGUUGUGUGAUAGCCACAGAGAGGUGAGGUGGUGGGAAUUUGUAGCAGCUGUCUGGUAUUUCUGUUUUUUGAAGUUAUUUAUUUCUUAUUUAUGUUCAUUUUUUUAAAAGGGAAUCUAAAGAAUAUGUGAAUAACUGUACUGAAUGUGAUAACAUUCACUGAAGCAUGCUUUUUUUGUUGUAUGUUUUGCUUCUUUUUUGUGUAUUAAUCAUACACAUUUGUAAAUACUGUGGAAAGGUACGUUUCUGAAUUGUCUGAGAACGGGUUGCUAAAUGCUCAGGCUGUGCUAUCGCUCCACCACACAAUACAACUGUUUAUGAAUCUUAAUAAAAAGGUCACUUUGUUA